AUUUUUCUAUCGAUCGAUAAUGACUGAUCGACUCAUCGUCAGAGCUACAGUCUGUAGGUUCUUUGUUCAUUGUGUGCUCUAUUGAAAUAUACACACACAUUUAUACAUAAAUAUAUUUUACAAAUAAAAUAUUUUUUCACAGUUUUCCUAUGUUUCUAAUCCCUCUCCUCCAGCCGUCAGUGGCGCCAGCGCGGUGUUCUUUGUCUUCUCCGGGCUUCCGUAGGGAUGUAAUGUUUUUAUCAGCUGAUGUUCACUCUGUGGUUGCUCCGAUUCUUUUUGUCACAGGACUGCGAGCUAACGGGCUAACGGGCUAACAGCUUCUUAACGGUGACCAUGGAUGUGAGCCGGUUCGCACCUGGACGGCGACGCGGGGUCCCCGCACAGCGAUAACAUCUGUCCCCGGCGGCGACCGUCUCUCCCCGUCACUGUCUGUGCAGCUUGUCUGUUUCGUGUUCACUCAGUCGGUUAUCUCUGCGACUUUUGCCCUCUUUGUCCCGCUGUGGGUUAGAGUUGUCCGCUGUGUCCCAUGCUAGCUGGUUAGCCUGUUAGCUCAUUAGCUGUUAUAAAGCAGCGACGCGCUCUCCGAGGCUGAAACUAACCGGACGGGACGGACGACAGCGGGAUGUGCCAUGGCAUCGGUUCGGGUGGCUGUCCGGGUCAGGCCCAUGAACAGGCGGGAGAAGGACUUGACUGCAAAAUGCAUCAUCAAGAUGGAAGGGACCAAAACCUCCAUCACCAACCUGAAGAUCCCUGACAGCAUCGCAGGUGAGUCGUCCAGGGAUCGAACCAAAACCUUCACGUACGACUUCUCCUACGACUCCAUGGACUGUAGGAGCUCCGCUUUCGUCUCGCAGGAAAAGGUUUUCAAAGAUUUGGGCUCAGAUGUGCUGAAGGCGGCGUUUGAGGGCUACAACGCCUGCGUCUUCGCCUACGGUCAGACCGGCUCGGGGAAGUCCUACACCAUGAUGGGAAAUCCAGGGGACGCAGGCCUGAUCCCGAGGUUCUGUGAAGGUCUGUUCAGCCGAAUCUCUGAGGCCACUCGAUGGGAUGAAGCUUCAUUUCGCACAGAAGUCAGCUACCUGGAGAUCUACAACGAGCGGGUGAGAGACCUGCUGAGGAGGAAGUCCACUCAGACCUACAACCUGAGAGUCAGGGAGCACCCGAAAGACGGACCGUAUGUCGAAGACCUGUCCAAACACCUGGUGCAGAACUACAGUGACGUGGAGGAGCUGAUGGAGGCCGGAAACAUCAACCGCACCACCGCCAGCACCGGCAUGAACGACGUCAGCAGCCGCUCGCACGCCAUCUUCACCAUCAACUUCACGCAGGCCAAGUUUGAUGCAGAGAUGCCCAGCGAGACGGUCAGUAAGAUCCACCUGGUCGAUCUGGCCGGCAGCGAGCGAGCCGACGCCACCGGAGCGACGGGCGUCCGGCUGAAAGAGGGAGGAAACAUCAACAAGUCGCUGGUCACCCUGGGCAAUGUCAUCUCGUCUCUGGCUGACAUGUCCCCGGACGGCACAAACACCAACCAGAAGAAGAAGUCGCUGUUUGUCCCCUACAGGGACUCGGUCCUCACGUGGCUGCUGAAGGACAGCCUGGGCGGCAACUCAAAGACCAUCAUGAUCGCCACCGUUUCCCCCGCGGACGUGAACUACGGCGAGACACUCAGCACCCUGCGAUACGCCAACCGAGCCAAGAACAUCAUCAACAAGCCCACCAUCAACGAGGACGGCAACGUCCGGCUGAUCAGAGAGCUGCGGGCCGAAAUCGCGCGACUGAAAGCUCUGCUGGUUCAGGGCAACCAGAUUGCUCUCCUGGAUUCGCCCACGGCUCUGAGCAUGGAGGAGAAACUGCACCAGAACGAAGCCAGAGUCCUGGAGCUGACCAAAGAGUGGACCAACAAGUGGAACGAGACGCAGAAUAUUCUCAAGGAGGAGACUCUGGCUCUGAGGAAGGAGGGGAUCGGCGUGGUGUUGGACUCAGAGCUGCCCCACCUGAUCGGCAUCGACGACGACCUCCUCAGCACCGGCAUCAUCCUGUACCAUUUAAAGGAGGGACGGACAUACGUGGGCAGAGAGGACGCGUCCACGGAGCAGGACAUCAUCCUGCACGGUCUGGACCUGGAGAGCGAACACUGCAUGUUCGAGAACCAGAACGGCAAAGUGACUCUGGUGCCGCUCGGCGGGGCUCAGUGUUCGGUUAACGGAGUUCAGGUGACCGAGCCGUCGCAGCUCAACCAGGGCGCUGUGAUCCUGCUCGGCAGGACCAACAUGUUUCGGUUCAACCACCCGAAGGAGGCGGCCAAGCUGAGGGAGAAACGAAAGAGCGGCCUGCUGUCCUCACUCAGCCUGUCCAUGACGGAUCUGUCCAAGUCCUGUGAAAACCUGUCCACUGUGAUGCUCUACAACCCGGGGCUGGAGUUUGAGCGCCAGCAGCGAGAAGAGCUGGAGAAACUGGAGCUGAAAAGGAGGCUGAUCAAGGAGAUGGAGGUAAAGCACCAGAGUGAGAAGGCGGAGCUGGAGCGCCUGCAGCAGGAGGUGGAGAGUCAGCGGAAGGAGUCUGAGGAGGUGCAGCAGCGGAUCCUCCGGCAGGAGGAGAGCCUGCGCCGCCGCAGCCAGGACAUCGAGAGCCGCCUGCGAGACUUCCUGGCGGAGAAAGAGCGCUUCGAGGAGGAGAGACGCUUAGAUCUACAGGGGGCCGGCCUCCAUCAGCACAACCGGCAGCAGGAAGGUGAAGUCGAUGAGGAGCAGCGGCGGCAGCAGGAGGCUGCGGAGCAGACCGAGAUCUAUCGCGAGCUGGAGAGGCUGAAGAGGGAGCGUGAAGAGCAGCAGGUCCGUCUGGAGACUGAGCGGCGGCGGCUGGAGGAGCAGGAACGGGAGCAGCUGAGCCUGGUGGGGAGGCUGGAGGAUCAGCUGAGAGAGAAACACGAGGCGGCCACCACCCUGCUGACCCGGGAGGACGCCCGCCGUCUGGAGGAGGAACGUCGAGCUCUGGCUGAGAUCAGAGAAGCGCUCCUCCGGGCCAAAGAGGCCGGGGAGCGGCCAGACGUGGAGGAUGCCGGUGAAGAGGCGAGAUCUGUCCAGGCGCGAUACACCAGCUUCAAGGAGGCUCAGGUGAAGGAACUUGGCCAGCUGGAGGAGGGGCUGCAGCAGCAGAGGGAGCGCCUGGAGAAGGAGGUCGCCGCAGAGCGUAAUGCACUGCUGCUCCUCACUCGCGGCCUCAAAGAAAGACAACAGCAGCUGAAAGAGGAGCAGGAGAAGGGGGUGCAGGAAGCCACGGCCGUCUCCCAGGAGGAGCACCUGGUCAGACAGGCGGAGCAUAGACUGCAGUUCAAGGAGCGUCAGCUGGCCCGCGUGGACAACGGCCUCCUGCCUGCACUGGCUGAGGAGAAGCAGAGAGCUUUGGAGCUGCUGGAGCGCAGCGGCGGAGGCACCAACGGGAACUGCGACAGUCCGCCGGGGCUCGACAACACGCUGUACCAGGUGGAGAAGGAGCUGGAGGACAAAGAGGAGAAACUGAACCUCCACUGGCACAGCGCUCAGCAGCUUCAGCAGCUCCAGGAGACCUACGAGUUCACAGCCAACGUGGCGAGGCAGGAGGAGAAGGUGAGGAGGAAAGAGAAGGAGAUCCUGGAGUCAAAGGAGAAGCAGCAGAGGGAGGCGAUGGAGCAGGCGGUGGCCCGCCUGGAGAGGAGGCACUCAGCCCUGAGGCGCAGCGUCUCCCUGGAGCCUGACGCAGAGGAGCAGCGACACAAGAGCUCGGUCUUCAGGAACCUGAGGACGGGGGCCGACCUGGACCAGCAGAGAGUGGAGCGGGAGAUCCAGAAGCUGAGGCAGAGGAUCAGUGAAGGCGAAGAGAACAACAAGACUCACUCCAUCAGUAACGACGACAAGACGAGUCACAGCAGCUCGCCGGUCAGCCACAUCCAGAGUCUGAACACGCUGCUGCCGCUGUCGGACGACAGGAUAAACGCGUACAUCGAAGAGGAAGUCCAGCGCAGGUUACGCAAGAUGAAUCUUCUCAACGGCAGCAGCAGCAGCAUGGAUCUGUCUCGGUCCUGGGAAUCGCUCAGGGAGGAGGAGGAAGUUAGCGACUGUAGCUCUGUUAGAUUAACAGAUGAGGAUGAUGAAAAGCUGCAAAACAUUAACCCAAGGAGGCUUAAAUAUGAGAGAGCCCGCGAGUUGUGGUCUAGCUUCCUGCCUUCCCCAGAGCUCAAGGCAAACUCCCCUCUUCACAUCCAGGAAAACAUGUUGGAUGAACCCGAGACCAGUCUCUCGAAGCCUCACAGUGAAGUGAAACUAGAAUCCACAGCUGAAGUACUGAUUGAAAAAGAGGAAGCACCCCCCAGUGAUGGUGAUAAAAACAAACGGUGGCAAGGAGAAGUGAAUAUCCCCCUCAGAGAAGAAGGCAGAGGUGUUUGUGAACUUGAUCAUUGUAAAAUUGGACAGCACAAGUUUUGUGCCACCUUGAACAACACCACGACCAACAGAUUUGAUGAAAACGAGAACAUCACUGAUAAGAAACAAAGCGAUCGUGCCUCUUGUGUUCCUGAUGAUGAUGAUGAUGCCAAAAAGGUUGAAGGUGGAGCAAAGGAGCUGCUGGUGAAUGGACCCUCUUAUUCUUACUGUAAGGAAAAAGUCAAACAUCAAACAGCACCAGGAGCAGUAGCAGAUGAAGAACUUUCCAAUGAUCAGUCACCGGAGUUGCUGAACUUCAAGGAAUCCAUUCCUGGUCAGAUAAAGCAAGAAGCUGGCACAGGAGCUGAGAAAGUAGCAUCCAGCAGGAGCUACAAUUUGGGGUAUUUGACUGGAAAGCUUUCCCAAGCAUACAAAGAUGCUGGUCGAAGGCUACAGGGAACAAGGGACAUCAUCCGAAAUGUGCGAGUCAGCGAAAUGAAGGUUGUUGUCUUUCAAUAUGUAACCACGAUGUCCAAAGAGCUGCCACUGAUUCAUCGACUGCAGCUCAAACCAGAGCCGGAGCCUCCCAUCCUUGCGGAAAACAAAGACAAUUUGGUUGAUGUGCCGAUGGAUUGUGCCCUUAGUCCAUUUCAGAAGUGCAGUAUGCCUGCAAUCCCGGGCAUCUCGGGGUGGCCUGAAGGCUCAGUGUCGUCUCAUAGAAACACAUGUCCUGAAGUUUUUUAUCAGAGACUGGUUCAGCUGCCACCAGCCUUAUCUCAGUUACAGUCCCUUUCAUCCCAGCCAAUGCUAGAAAAGUUGGAAUCUCUGGCUCCUCAAGUGAAAGUCACCAAGCUGUUGAGUAUCUUCUGGCUUCAGACUGCUAACCGUGAGCAGCUGAUCCCAAAGCCUGGGUGCUUGCUUUUAUUAGAAAAGGACAUAAUAGUGCUGUCAAAUUCAAAGGACACCUUAGCUGUUUUUCACCAUUUUAACCUCAUGGACAUCAAGAAGAUCCAGAUCAGCUUGGCAGGGCAGCACGUCCGCCUGUUUGGCUGCACUGAAGAUACUGUGUUGGCUGUGUUUACCCACAGCAAAGAGCUUACUCAGGAGUUCUGCAAGGCUUUACUGAAGGCCCUUUCUCCUAAAAAGUUCUCUGAAGGGACUGAAGAUCACCCGUUACUCUCUGGUGACCUCAUGGUCCUCUCUCUGGACUGGACAUCCAAUGUUCCUGACAUCUUGCUCGAUAGCGGUCUUCACGUUACCUCCAGAUUUAAGCGGGUUCUAGCAGACCUGCUCUACAUCGUCCAUGGGAACAUGGAGGGUCCUGGUAAACCGUCUCUGGCAAAUAUUUGUCCCCUGCUGUACACCAGCGUCAAGGUCAUGAACUCUACCCGUAUGCAUCAGAACUCCAUUUUUCAGUUCCUCCUGACGGACACUCAUGUGGCUCUUCUUCGGGAGGACGGCGUCUUUCACCCGGUGCCACGGGGCUCCAGCCUGGUCCCUGUCCAGCCCCAGUUUCAAGGCCUUGAGCUCCGCAAGCGUUCGGAGAUCCGAUGCGUGAUGGUGAAGCAGAGCGACAGUUGGCUGAUGGUGGACAUCACGUUUACAACUCGCAAACCACAAGCUGGAGAAAGGAAGGCCAGACGAGGCUCAGCCGACGUGCCCUCAGUCGCUCAGCACAGUCGUCAGGGCGACUCGUGGAAGUUGUCUUUUGGUUGUACCUCAGAAACUGCGACUUUGAUUAAUCAUCUGUGUACCUGAGUUAACACACCUGAGGGCCAUUACACCUGAAUUUGUUCACAAAUACAGUUUACUUACUCGUGGAAGUCAUUAACAGGUUUAUUUCAGGAUGUGUAAAUGUGAUUCAUUAUCAUAGCAAACUGAAACACACACACCUGAAAGGAUUUUUAAAAAAUACUUUUAAACAUUUUAUACAUUGCUGUUAUGCAAAAUGUGAUUGUGUCUUUUGAUGAGGAAGUGGAUCAUGUUGACACGUGUUAACUGUAAUUUCUUGGGACUUCUGUAUUUAAUGUGCAAUCAUAGUGAGUGAAUGAAGAGAAACAUUCUAUUUAUGACUUUGUUUGUUUGCUCUUUUUAGUCGCGUUGAUGAUUCUUGUUUAUUCUUGAUUGAUUUUCGAUCUUUCCAUGUUUCAAAGGGAGGCUGUUGAUGUUAAUUGCACAGUUGGGUUGAAAAUUUUGCAGCUGCACUUUAAGACAAAUUGUUGAUGUGAAUAAAAUUUGUUAUGAUGAUUCGUGUUUAAAUGAAGAAUAAUGUCGAAUGUCUCUUGUUAAUUGUGUAAACAGGAUAAUAAAAAUGUAACUGUG